UUUAUCGGCUACUGUACCUAUUGGAUGGUGACGGACAUAUCUCCAUCAAAUAUUGAUGAACAUACAGCGCACACUAAUUUAGUUUUAUUCAUCAUAGGAGUAGUGUCACAAGUUGUGGAAAUAAUUUUCGUCAUUUUGCUCAUAGUUGGGAUUCAUAAGCAAAGAAUCGCGAUAGUCCGUAUCACGUAUGUCUAUAAUGUACUGAUGCUGGGAGUUGAAAUUCUGGUGGCCGUGGUGUACAUUCCCUUACAAUCAUAUCGGCUAUACGUGUAUGAUCAAGACAACGUAUGGUUCUCGCUCAUCGCCUUGAUGUCUUUAGCUCUUCUCUUUAUACUGAUGCAGCUUUACACCGUGGUGCUAGUAAGGAGCCAGAUAUGUAGUAUGCGAAAACAGUGCGUAUCUGAUCCAAAACGCUCAGAAUAUUGUAAUACAAAACCUUACGUGGUUUAUUAGGUUUCGAUUACAAGAAGAUAUUGUGUGUUACGUAUUCGGAUUAACAAAUUUAUGCAUUUUUUU